UCAUCAUGUCCACCGACGUCUUGUCACAUUUUGGGGUUCUUGACGAACUCAUACAAGUUAUCUACCAGGGCUUCGAUCGAUUCGUCCUACUAUCGCAAGUAACUAAAUCUACAUGGUCGAUUCACUUAGGCCUCAAGGGACCAGAAGGCAGGUGGUGGCGAGGUUCAUGGUCUACCAAAGAUAUCCUCAACAUCACCAACGGUGUGCAAUCAAGCCCUCAGGUGCUUGAGAACUUCGCUGAAAAGCUUCGGACGACAUUCGUAAAUGGUGAUCUCACCAUUGGAGACUGGACUGAGAAAGACUCGGACAUCAACCUCACGUUUGGGCCAACUGCCAAGCGUCCACUACACAUGGCUCUGAAAGAACUGUCAGCAGCCGAAGCUGCAUCUCAGGCAACCGCGUUGUUCAUUGACAUUGCGCUACAAGCCCAGUCCCGCAAAUGCCAGCUGAACCCUCUUUUCGCGCCCCGCAACGUUGUCGCAGAGUCAUCCCACGCUAAUUCAGCUUCAACGCUUCCGUCAAAACGCACACCCUUGGGCCUGAGUCAGGUCCCUGUCCCUGCUGUCAAUCAGGCAGCUGAACGGAAAAUUAAGGCUCUUGAAGCGGAACUUGCUCGCUCAAAAGAAAAGUCUCCGUCAGGUGAUGCGAUAUCCAAACCUUCAACCGGCUCUCGACCUCCAAAGGGCGCAUCUUUGGCCAACCCGAAUAAGAAGGCAAGGAAGUACCAAGCUCUCGAAUUUGAGAGUGAUGAAGACUAAUAGUCAGCUGUGUAUGUCACAUGAGCCGCAAAGCAUUAAAUAUUUCAUAUUUCGCCAGCCUGGGCUUUGGGUAAUUGGCCGGAUCCUGCUAGUGCGGUGUCACUGACAACAGGAAACGAGUGAAAUACCUAUCGAGUUGAGCUAUACUAUUGCCAAC